CAUCCAAAGAGAGAGUCCACGACAAGAAUCAUCAAGAGAGAGAAACAAGAUGAGGCACCACCACCUUCUCCUGCUCCCCUGCCUCAUCCUCCUCCUGACCGCCGGCACCGCCGCCGGGUCAAAGGCCAAACCCAAGGCGGUCAGCCCGGGCGUCGCGGCCGAUUUCGUGCGCCGCUCCUGCCGCUCCACGAGCUACCCGCGCGUCUGCGAGAGCACCCUGGUCCCCUGCGCACCCGCCGUGGGCCGCAGCCCGCGGCGCCUGGCGCGGGCCGCGCUCGUCGUGGGCGCCGACGGCGCGCGCAACUGCUCCGCCUACCUGCACGGUGGUGGCGCCACCUCCUUGGCCGGCGGCGCGAUGAAGGACUGCGCGGAGCUGGCGCGCGACACGGAGGAGCGGCUGCGGCAGUCGGCGGCCGAGAUGGACCGGAUGGGCCGCGCCGGGAGCCCGCGGUUCGCGUGGUGCCUGAGCAACGUCCAGACGUGGGCCAGCGCCGCGCUCACCGACACCUCCACCUGCCUCGACUCCCUCGGCCAGACCCAUGGUGGCAAGGACAAGGACGCCGUCAAGCAGAGGGUGGUGGCCGUGGCGCAGCUCACCAGCAACGCGCUCGCGCUCGUCAACAAGCUCCACCCGGCGCCGCACCGCCUGUAGCCUCUACUGUUAAUUCCUCCAUGCCCCCUCCAUCUCCAUCGCCAUGUAUGGAUCGCUGCUACUAAGUAAUAACAAGUGCUUGCCCAAUUUC